GAGCUCCUCCUCCGGAACGCGGGCGCUCUCACUGCUGGGACCGGGUCCGGCCAGUGAUAGUGGUGGGAUGGCGGCAGAAGUGCAGCCCCUUCUGGGCCGGGACCGAGGCGGUGGCCAGGUCCACUCUGGCGCUGUGGCCGAUCAGGAGCUCUGCAUAGACCAGGCUGUGGUCUUCAUUGAAGAUGCCAUAAAGUACCGCUCCAUCUACCACCGCAUGGAUGCCAGCUCAUUGUGGCUUUACCGCUGGUAUUACUCGAACGUCUGCCAACGAGUGCUGGGCUUCACCAUUUUCCUGAUCCUGGUCUUGGCUUUUGCGGAGGUCCCAUCUUCCUUCACGAGGACUGCGGAUGUGCGCUACCGCUCCCAGCCCUGGCAGCCGCCCUGUGGCCUGACGGAGACAAUCGAGGCGCUCUGCUUGCUGGUCUUCCUGGUCGACCUCUCUGUGAAGGGCUACCUGGUGGGGCAGGCCCAGUUGCAGCAGAACCUGUGGCUGCUGGCCUACUUUGUGGUGCUGGUUGUGUCUGUGGUGGACUGGAUCAUUUCGCUGAGCCUCGCUUGUGAGGAGCUCCUGCGGGUGCGCCGGCUGCUCCGCCCCUUCUUCCUGCUGCAGAAUUCCUCCAUGAUGAAGAAGACCCUGAAGUGUAUACGGUGGUCGCUCCCAGAAAUGGCCAGUGUCGGACUGCUGCUGGCCAUCCACCUGUGUCUCUUCACCAUAAUCGGGAUGUUGCUGUUCACCAUUGGUGAGAAGGACGAAGCACUGGACAAGGAGAGGCUGGCCUACUUCCGGAACCUUCCAGAAGCACUGACCUCACUCCUAGUCCUGCUGACUACUUCCAACAACCCUGAUGUGAUGAUGCCUGCGUAUACCCAGAACCGGGCCUGUGCUCUCUUCUUCAUAAUCUUCACCUUGAUAGGAAGUUUGUUUCUGAUGAACCUGCUGACGGCCAUCAUCUAUAGUCAGUUCCGUGGCUACCUAAUGAAAUCUCUACAGACCUCACUGUUCCGGCGGCGCCUGGGGGCCCGCGCAGCCUAUGAAGUCCUCACCUCUAGGGCAGGGCCAGCUGGAGCCACCCCUGAGUUAGCUGGGGUCAAUCCUGAGAACUUCCUGCGAGUGCUUGAGAAAACCCAGUUGAGCCAACACCACAAACAAGCCAUCAUGCAGAAGGUGCAGUCCUAUGAAGGCCGCCCGAUGCUGGCCGAUGAGUUCCAGAAACUCUUCGAUGAGGUUGACAAAGGUGUGGUCAAAGAGCGCCCACCAAAGCCCCAGUACCAGUCUCCAUUUCUGCAGACUGCCCAGUUCAUCUUCAGCCACCCCUACUUCGACUACCUGGGAAGCCUCAUUGCUCUGGGAAACCUCUUGUCUAUUUGUGUGUUCCUGGUGCUGGACUCAGACCUGCUGCCCGGGGAACGUGAUGACUUUGUCCUGGGGAUCCUUGACUGCAUCUUCAUCUUGUACUAUCUGCUGGAGCUGCUGUUCAAGGUGUUCUCGCUGGGCCUGCGUGGCUACCUGUCCUACCAUUGCAACGUGUUUGAUGGCCUCCUCACCAUCAUCCUGCUGGUUUUGGAGAUUUCUACCCUGGCUGUAUACCAAUUGCCGCACUCAGGAUGGAAGCCCGAGCAGUAUGGCCCGCUGUCGCUGUGGGACAUGACUCGGCUGGUGAACACACUGAUUGUGUUUCGCUUCCUGCGCAUCAUCCCCAACAUAAAGCCCAUGGCUAUGGUAGCCAGCACCAUCCUGGGCCUAAUCCAGAACUUGAGGGCAUUUGGUGGGAUCCUGGUGGUGGCAUACUAUGUGUUUGCCAUGAUUGGGAUCAGCCUGUUCCGAGGUGUCAUCGUGCCUCCUGGGAACAGCAGCCUGGAUCCGGAUAACAGCUCAGCUCUGUGUGGAAGCUUUGAGCAGCUAGGGUACUGGCCCAACAACUUUGACGACUUUGCUGCUGCUCUGAUCACACUGUGGAACCUGAUGGUGGUGAACAAUUGGCAGGUGAUCCUGGAGGCCUAUAAGCGCUACUCGGGCCCGUGGUCCAUGGUGUAUUUCGUGCUGUGGUGGUUGGUGUCCUCUGUCAUCUGGGUCAACCUGUUUCUGGCUCUGCUUCUGGAGAACUUUCUCCACAGAUGGGACCCUCAGGGUCAUAAGCAGAUCCUUGUUGGGACCAAGCAGACCACCUACCAGAUGUCAGUGGAGCUCAUGUUCAGGGAUAUCCUAGAAGAACCCAAGGAGGAGGAGCUGAUGGAGAAGCUACACAAGCACCCACACUUGCAUCUGUGCAGGUGACAUCUGAGUGGCCUCCUAGCUGGGGUGACAGGACAGAGAUGCUGGCCUAGGCCCAUGCUGUGGAGGCAGCAGCUGGUCGAGACUGAGCAAGAAAAGAUGGUGCCUGGCACAGACCACUCGGGGACAGACCACGCGGGGACAGACCACUCAGGGACAGACCACUCGGGGAUAGACAGAUGGAGGCUGGGAGAAGGACUCAUCCCCCCCGUGACUGCUCAGCAGUACCCACCGUGCAUUCUCCGUAGCCUUGGCAGACCUUGGCAGACCGGUAAUCGGCACCACAGGGCAGUGUUUCUUCAUUUGCUGCUUCUCCAAGCUGCCUUGGUGAGGCUCGCUAAGGAGAGAGAGUGAUUUCCAAGGACUUCCAAAGCCAGGAAGCAAGAAGGCCUCAGCUCCCCUUGUUACCCACAAACUUAGGUGUGCCUUCAGCAUCGGUGGCAUUUGUGAACCCAAGCCUGCACAGGACAGUGGUUUCCAGGGCAUCGGGGUUGAUGUCACUUGUGACGUCACCUCUUCGUUUCAGUGUCCAUGGAUGUGAUGGGGGUGUUCCGGGGGGGUCACCAUGUCAAUCAUUUUCUGUUUCAUAAAGAAUGAGAUUGUUCUCA